AUGUCUACCGUUAAAGGACCAGGCGCAGCGCAGACAGUAGAUGGCUCGAAUUUGCGCAUAGCCAUUGUCCACGCGCGCUGGAAUUGGAAAAUAAUCGAGGCUUUGGUUGCGGGCGCCAAAAAGAGCAUUCUAGCAGCUGGUGUCAAAGAGGAAAACAUCGUCGUCCAGAGCGUCCCGGGGAGCUACGAGCUGCCCUUUGGCGUCAAGAGUGUCUACGAAGCCUCACAGGCGCAAUCUACUUCAAACACUGCUGCAGCCGGAUGUCUGGGGGCCGCCAAACCGUUUGAUGCCAUUGUUGCUAUUGGCGCGCUGAUCAAGGGCGAGACAAUGCAUUUCGAGUACAUUGCUGACGCUGUUAGUCAUGGACUGAUGCGUUUGCAGCUUGAUAUGGGUGUGCCGGUGAUCUUUGGAGUGUUGACUGUUCUCAACGACGAGCAGGGUUUGGCUCGUGCGGGACUGUGUGAAGGUGGGAAGUCACAUAAUCAUGGAGAGGACUGGGGUAGUGCGGCGGUUGAGAUGGGAUUCAAGAGGAAGGGUGCGUUGAAUGGUCAGAUAUUGUAG